UUUUCAAACCCCUAUAUAUCAGUGAAAAGGGAAAAACGCAAUUUCUUUUUGUCCGAGCAAUACAGAGAGCUUCACCCUUUCUUCUGCCCUUGCCAUAUUUCUGCUCUGCAAAUUUCAUCUUCGAUUUUUUUCUUCUUUCGGCAAAUAUGGGCAAGGGUCCUGGUCUCUACACCGAUAUCGGCAAAAAAGCCAGAGAUCUUCUCUACAAGGAUUACCAGACUGACCAAAAGUUCACCCUCACUACCUACUCCCCCACUGGAGUGGCUAUUACAUCGUCUGGAACAAAGAAAGGUGAGCUGUUUUUGGCUGAUGUUAACACUCAGCUUAAGAACAAAAACAUCACAACUGAUAUCAAAGUUGACACAAACUCCAAUCUCAUUGCAACUGUUACCGUUGACGAAGCUUGUCCUGGGGUGAAAACAAUUCUAAGCUUCAGAGUUCCUGAUCAAAGGUCUGGCAAGGUGGAACUCCAGUAUUUGCAUGAAUAUGCAGGUAUAAGCACCAGCGUGGGGUUGACAGCUAAUCCUAUUGUCAACUUUUCUGGUGUUAUUGGAACCAAUGUUGUUGCACUUGGCACUGAUGUCUCAUUUGACUCAAAAACUGGAAAUUUCACCAAAUUCAAUGGUGGAUUGAGCUUCUCCAAUGCCGACUUACUUGCUUCACUGACAGUAAACGACAAAGGUGACACCUUGAGUGCCUCGUACUAUCAUAUUGUUAAUCCUUUCACUAGCACUGCGGUUGGUGCUGAGGCAACCCACAGCUUCUCUUCCAACGAGAAUACAUUCACAAUUGGUGCCCAGCAUGCAUUGGAUCCAUUGACCUCUGUGAAAGCACGGGUGAACAACCUUGGCAAGGCUAGUGCUCUUAUCCAGCAUGAGUGGCGACCAAAGUCAUUCUUCACCAUUUCUGGGGAUGUAGACACCAAGGCCAUUGAAAAGAGUGCUAAGGUUGGAUUGGCUUUGGUUCUCAAGCCAUGAGUGAGUAUUAUUUCCAAGUGUCACCAUGGCCAGGGAGCAUUAAGCUAAAAUUGAGGGAGCAUAGUAUAGUAGUCCGUUUUGAUUUCAGAUUGACUUCUCUUUAAUUCAAAUUGUGGGUUCUGUUUUUCCCCCUUGAAAACAAGUGCUUAUGGUACAUUAUUUAUUUCUUGGCGGUUUCUUUUUUUUCUUUGUUUUUUUUUUUUUGUAAAAAUAAAUGUUCUUGGUGUCAUAAGACCGUUUUGAACUAUUACUCCUAUUGACACACUCCUGAAAGAGGGUGAUGAAACCAGUUAUGGAGAGGGGGUUUUGAGUUGAA